AUGUCUUCUGAAUCAAUAUCAACUACUGAAGCCUCAACGGUUCACGAUCUCACGUAUUAUGUAAAUAUAAUCAGGCGUUAUUUAAACCCUCCAUCUGUAACAGCGAUUAACUCGGAUGGCGAACAAACUAGCGAUGAAAGACUACAAUAUGCUAUAAAAUAUUAUCGUGAAGCAUACGAACUUUUUCCUAGUUCUUAUGAUAUUAAGGAUAUUUUGGAUCCAAUACUUCGUCAAAAUAUAGUCAUACAUGAAGUAUGCCUCCCUCUUGACAUUAAAGUCUUCAAUCCCCAAAAAGACAUACCCAUUCCCAUUUCAACUUCGACAUCUCCACAACCCAAUUAUCCGACUAAUUUUAACAUAACUUAUAGCCAGUUAAAAACAUGGCUUGAAAGAGCUCAAGAAAUCCAUUUGCCUGACCAUAAUAGUCACAAAUAUUCUUUUAUGCUUAACGCUAACGUAUUUUCUAGUGGACCGAAAACAAAGUUGGUGGCUAUUUUUGACGAUCCAAAACAACUGCCAUCGAAAGUUUUCGAAAUUCUCAACAAAGAAAGUUUAACAACAUUUAAUAAUAGCCUAACUUAUUUAGGUACCGCUCCGCAUCCAUUCGCUUUAUCGAUUGGUAAACAACGAACAUGCCUUACACCUGUUUAUGUCCCCGGACCGUCAAAGACAUCAGAAACGUCUUACAUUCGGUGUUUUUUUGAUGACCAAAGACUAAGUAAAAAACGAAAACUAAGCUUCCUAUUGUCGGAGGAGUCGGAUGAUGGCUAUGAAAAUGAAAUAAUCAAUGAUGACACUACGAAUAACAACGUGAGAAACGUUAUGAAUGUCAAGAAUCUAUUAAUCGAAGAACCUUCACAAGAAAAAGAUCCUUCAAUAACAAGAAGGGAAAAAUUUUUGAUCAAAGAGUGGGAAGUUGAACGUGGUGAUGGUGAAACGCAGAUUUUGGAAAAAGGUAUAUAUGUGCUUAAGACACUUAAAGACAUUUAUAAAGCUUAUGUUUAA